UGGAUUUCGACACCCCAACGUAGAAAAAGGCAACAAGGACCAGAUGGAAAGUUUCCAAGUAUCAAACGGCCUGAAUGGCGAGGCGCCUAAUCCUCUCGGUAACGUCACUACACACGGGCACGUCAAGACAUCACAAGCCGCCAAUUGUCAUGGAAGCUUGGAGUUGGCAGUGGAAGGCGACGCGGCUUCAGAGGAGGAAGACGUGAUUGAAGACUCUGCAACGGAGGCUGCAAAAAAGAAGAAGAAAAAGAAGAAGCCAAAGAAGAAGAAGCCAGCGUCCGAAAGCUCAGUGACAGCUGCUGGAAACCCAGUCCAGACGGAGCCUCCAUCGAUUCCAGUAUCCAAAUUCUUCCCGGAUGGUGUGUAUCCAGAAGGCGAACUCGUCGAGUACAAGGAUGACAAUGCGUAUCGCACCACGAGUGAAGAAAAGCGAUACUUGGAGCGAAUGCAGAAUGACAUGUAUAAUGACCUUCGCAAAGCCGCAGAGGUUCAUAGACAAGUUCGACGUUAUGCUCAGAAGACGAUAAAGCCGGGGAUGGCCAUGGUGGACAUUGUCGAACUCAUUGAAAAUGGGACCAGGACUUUGAUUGAAGAAAAUGGCCUUGAGGCUGGUAUUGCUUUCCCGACGGGCUGUUCUCUGAAUCAUUGUGCGGCGCAUUACACCCCAAAUACGGGAGAUAAAACUGUGCUUCAAUAUGGGGAUGUCAUGAAGAUUGAUUUUGGAACACAAGUGAAUGGGCGUAUUGUUGACUCCGCUUUUACGAUGGCUUUUGAUCCCCAGUUUGACCCACUUCUGGCCGCAGUGAAAGAUGCCACCAACACGGGCAUCCGAGAAGCCGGUAUUGAUGUCAGAUUGUGUGACAUUGGCGCUGCAGUUCAGGAAGUGAUGGAAUCAUACGAGGUUGAGAUCAAUGGGAAAUCCUAUCAAGUAAAGCCAAUUCGCAACCUGAACGGACAUUCUAUUGGACCAUAUCAGAUUCAUGCAGGCAAGACGAUUCCGAUUGUUAAAGGUGGUGACCAAACUAAAAUGGAGGAAGGAGAAUACUUUGCCAUAGAGACUUUCGGAAGCACAGGCAAGGGGUACGUGCAUGAAGACAUGGAAUGCAGCCAUUAUGGGAAGGCUUUUGAUGUCGGCCAUGUCCCUCUGCGUCUUCCUCGGGCGAAGGCGCUUCUCAACACCAUCAAUAAACAUUUUGGAACAUUGUGUUUUUGUCGACGAUACCUGGAUCGCCUGGGAGAGUCCAAGUACUUGAUGGCCCUUAAGAACCUCGUGGAUACUGGAGUUGUCAAUCCGUACCCUCCUCUGUGUGAUGUGCGCGGCUCUUACACUGCCCAAUGGGAGCACACUAUCCUGUUGCGGCCUACCAGGAAGGAGGUACUGAGUCGCGGAGACGAUUACUAGAUUUUUAAAGUGCAGUGUUAUUGCCCCCCGUCCAUGCCACCCUGCGAAGCUACUGGCGUAAUACAAUGCUUGCUCAAUCGUCUGCGACA